GUGGGCACCGCGGAGAUACCGAGUCGCCUUUAAGCGCGGACAGUGCUUGACCGGUGCUGAUCGGUUCGUGUACCGAUCGAGUCGCACGCGCGGUCGGCUCAUGUGCACUGUGCAUUUGUUUUUUUUUUUAUUUUUUUUUUGUUUUCCGACUGCCUGAUCGUUCCGCGCACUUUACAUAGACUGCUCUGCCUGCCAUGCAUCCCGUCCUAGAAGAAGCAUGCAGAAACCGCUGAGAGAGCUGAGCCGUUUGUGCUUGGGUACAGCCGUGUCGGGGGGCGGCGGAUGCGGGGGUGGAGGUGGCCUGCAACACGUACCCACGGAGAUAUGUGACGAGGCUAAGGGAGGGCUGCCCCUGCUACAGGUAUGGCCCAGCGACUCGCCCAGAGGCGAGGCUGACGGUCAGGCGCAAACUUUCGUGUUCCCCGACACUCAGGAGAGCGUAACUGACAGCGGUAUCGAUUCGAUACAGGUUUCUCCGUCGCCUUGUGGUCCGAUUUGUUCCGGAAGUCCUACAACGACACCUCAGCCGUCGCGUCGGCCAAGUUUGCUGCAUCCGGAUCACGCGCGGCUUCAUCUUCAUCACCUUCAUCACCACCACGCGAGUGGCGGUUCAAAGUGCCCCUCAUCUCCGGAUAGGAACCCGUCCAUUGACGAAGACCCACCACCCGGACCCCCAAGUCCGUCUAGCUCGACUACUAGCAGUUUACACUCGAUGCCCAGUUCUGCCAUGGCUUCGACGCAUUCUCAAGAUAGAAGACGAAGCAGCAGGUACAGCAUGUUCGACGCAUUGGACUUGGAGUACGCGUUGCUGCGAGCAGCAGCGAGGGGUUCGGUGGGUCCCUAUUCGCUCUCGGAGUCUCUUCACAAGCUCACCUUCACCCAAAGCCUCGCAUUUCCGGCGUUGGCUCGGGGUCUGGCUUCGAAACAGAGUCGCCUGCCGGCCGCGCGGCCGAAGCAGGACACCGAGACCGGGUUGAACGCGUUCGCCAAGGUCGUGACCGCUCUGGUCCUCGUCCUUGUCAGCGUUCUCGUUUUCGGCGUGGUCUACAAGUUUGUGAGGACGUGAGGGUGGCUUUUGGGUCCCAGCGGGGACCAAUCCGGCACUCGUCACGAUCCUGCUCACAGAAACCACGACGACUCUUCGGCCGGAAGACUCUUCAGCAACACUUGAACGCCGCCCCGUCGUCGCUCUUCCGGGUCCACAAACUUGAAAAUCCACGAAUUCAGGACGGAAUUUAGCCAAGCGUGUCAUUGGCGAUUGGGUCCGAUAAAACCUCUUCGCGAUAUCAUCGCCCCCGAUUUCUUGGCGAAGAAAGCGAAGAAACAUGAGAAGAUAUUUUACACGAAAAUAUAGUUAGCAGGAUGAGCUGUAGUUACGUUCUGUCAGAUUGAAGAAGAAUUAUUCAAAAUUUUCAAUUUUCAUGCGGCUUGCGUCUCCCGUUUUGCAUUUCUGUUUUGGAAGUAAUGAGAUUUGGUUAUCGAUUUUGAUACUCAAGAUCAUUUCACUUCUCAUUCGAUUCGCAGAACGCUUUCAUCCUCUCUUGUGAAAAAAAAGACAAGCCGAUUAAAAAUACAAACAGCAUUAGAAAUAUGGAUGCAGAUAAUAUGCACGACAAGAAGACGUAUCACAAAAUUCUUUUUUCUUCAUUUUUCUAUUCCGUGGGACGUUCUAUUCGAAAAUCGGUUUCAAUUCGACCUAACCUGUGGUAAACAAGACUUGCCUCACGUGCACGUGUCAGUGCACACAUAAACUUGCACAUCCAAAUUAUACAUGAAAACGUAUAUAUAAAUAUACUACAUCAAAAGCGGCCUAUGUAACUGUGCUUUUUUCAGAAUCAUGAAGCACGGCGAAGACCCACCGAAUUUACCAUACCUAUAAUGCUGUAGACGUCAAUAGAUACAUCGUAAAUAUUAAAAGGAAACAAUAUAUCUGACACAAAUACGAAAGUCUGUUUAUAUAUAUGUACACAAAAUUCACAUCCAGCACCCCAGCCUGGAGUUUUUCAGAAACGGGGCUCGGGAUCGGAA